GGGAACGAGGCGUCGCGCGAGGGAUGCAUGGACAUGUGCAGUGGCGGUCACGAGAAGAAGAUGCUCGCCAAGAGCUCUUCUACCCCCAAGACUCACUCAGCAGGGAUCGGAGCAGUCUUCGGAGUGGACGCGUCGGGGGCUGUGUUCUUCAACACGGCUGUGCCUGGUAGCUCGUGCGGCGAUGCAGCACAGCAGGGCAAGCUGAAACCUGGCGACAUCCUCUAUGCGGUCGAUGGCUUCACUGUGUACAAGGCUCCUCUGAACCUGGUGGCGAGCAAGCUGCUGGGCCCUCACGGCUCUCGGGCAAAGGUGACUUUCAUGCGAGGAUCGGAGCAGAUCACGCUGGACCUGGAGAGGAGGAUGACGGGGAUGCAGGCGGCUCAGAAAGCGGUGUCUCAGGCAAAGGAGAGCUCAGGUCUUGAUAAGAUUCGAUAUGCGCAUGAGACGUUGGGGAAUUGACGAGGUUUUGUUGUAAUUAUUGUAUCAUCAAUGAAGAGAGACAAGGCG